UCCCAUACAAAUUAGCAUCUACGAGAUCCCAAAUCCCCAAUCGCAUCCUCUUUUUAAACCUUGAAUUACAAAUUCUGACAUCAAUUUGUUCCCGCGAUUUCAUUGUGACUGAAGCAUAAAAAAGUGCGAGCGAGUGAGCAAUCAUGGUUUACAUUACUUCAUGGGACGAGUUUUUGGAUCGAUCCAUUCACCUAUUCCGCGCCGAUCCCGAUUCUACGCGGUAUGUCAUCAAGUAUAGACAUUGUGAUGGAAAAUUGGUACUCAAGGUCACUGAUAAUAGACAGUGCCUAAAGUAUAAGACAGACCAAGCACAAGAAGCUAAGAAGAUGGAGAAACUUAACAAUAUAUUCUUUACGUUGAUGGCUCGGGGACCAGAAGUGGAUCUUUCUGAAGUCACCGGGAAAGAACAAAUGGAUGCACAACCGAUUAAAAAAGGAAGAGGAAGAAAGCAAUAACUUGUCAUUGGAUUCCACAUGAGCUUUGUUGUUGCUUCAUAAAAUUGUCAGUUGCGCUACUAUAAACUUGUGUUAUUAAAACCGAAUUGAAUCAAACGGUUCAAUUGAACCUUGAACUGGUUUUAGUGUUUUACUAUGGUUCAAUUACUUUGGUGGUUAGAUAGCGGUUUUAUCUUGGUUUGAGUGUCUUAAAGUAGUUGAAUCAUGACUUAGAAGCUUCAUUCAUCAAUUUGUUGUUGGGUUUUUUAAAAUAUCAACUAAUUUACACGACUAUAUUCUUGAAGUAUGAUAUUGAUGGAUGGUUUUCUACAUUAUGAAAUUUGCAUGUGGAGUGUAGCACCACACCCCUGGAGGGCAAUGCCGAGGCAACAAUGGAACUUAUGCUUGUCAAUUUAAUGUAAAACCAAAUCUUAGACCAAGAAUUUUCUGAGAUUUUCUUUUGA